AAAUUCAGAUUUUAGUUGAGGGAAGAGUUAAAUCAAGAGCAGCUAUACUCAACAGACCAUCUACACUUAAUGCUCUCACAGUCUAAUCCCAUGGUGUGUCCUCUGUUCUCCAAUUUUCUCCAUUUCUAUUUUGUGGGUUUUUCCAGUAAUGUCCUUUAGUUCAUAGCCAUAUCUAAAUUUUGUAAAACUUUGUUUUCCAUUCCAGACUGUAUGAAUCAUGGGAAGAAAACAUAGAUAUUGGAUUUGUCAUUAUGAAGGGUAGCGGCAAGGCAUUCUGUUCUGGUGCUGAUGUUGUUGCCCUUUAUCAGUUGCUUAAUGAAGGUGGGUCGCCCUCUUUUGUGCGUGUGAGUGUGUGUUUUCGGAGUCCAGCAUUUGAAUUCUUUCGGAUUAAGGUGGCUAUCAUGGAUGGUAUCACAAUGGGAUGUGGGGCGGGUAUUUCUCUCCCUGGAAUGUUCCGUUUGGUCACUGAUAAAACUGAACAAGAGGCUGCGGAGUCUUAUAAUGAAUGGUGCACCUCAGCUCUCAAGAAACUAAAAGAAGCCUCCCCAUUGAGUUUAAAGGUCACUCUGCAAUCUAUACGAGAAGGUAGAUUUCAGCCUCUUGAUCAGUGUCUUGCUCGUGAAUAUCGUAUGUCUCUGAAUUGGAUUUCCAAAAAUAUCUCUAAUGACUAGUGCGAGGGUGUUCGGGCAAGAUUAGUUGACAAGGACUUUGCACCAAAGAAAUUCCUGCAAUUUCAAAGUCGUGCCAUGGCUAACUGAAAGUAUCUUCAUUGGUGAGCAAGGGGCACUGUUCACAUCCUUUGACGAUUUUCGACUCUGACUUCAUUCUGGUGAGAGCAAGGCCGCUGUCCAUGCACUUCAAGAACUGCAGAGGAGCCCAUUGGACGAGUACUGCUACUUGGAAUCUGCAUUCAUUUGUUAUCCAAAAUCCCUAAUUUCUUCUUGUUAGGUUUCAUAUUCAUUUGGUUGGUUAUUCUUGUAACGGCAUUUUGAAUGUGUUUUUGGGCCUUGGGCCCCGUCUUCGGGUUGAUGCUUGUUCCUGUGCUAUUGUACCCUGGGGUUUUUCUUGCAGGGCCUGAGCCCAACUCCCUUUGCACUGUCCUCUUUCCUGUCUAUGAAUAAUUUUUUUAAAAACUAUUGCUGUAUUAUUGCUGUAUCUAUUGCUGUAUUAUUAACUAGCUAUGUACUUCAACAAGGCACAAAGUUUCCAUGUAAAA